AUGGGGCGCUGCGCUGAGGCGAGGACGUCGGUGUGGUGGGACAUCGACGGGUGCGGGGUGCCCGCGUGCUGCUGCGACCCGCACCGCGUCGCACACAACGUCGCCGCCGCGCUCGCCGCGGCGGGCUACGCGGGCCCCGUCUCGAUCGCCGCCUACGGCGACGCCACCCGCGUCGACCCUCCCGUCCUGGCGGCGCUCUCCUCCACCGGCGUCUCCCUCAACCACGUCCCCGCCGGAACUAAGGAUGGAACUGACAAGAGGAUGCUCGUCGACAUGCUGUUCUGGGCGAUCGACAACCCGCCGCCGGGCAACUACCUGCUUAUUUCAGGCGAUCAGGACUUCUCCGAUCUGCUUCACAGGCUCGGGAUGAAGCGAUACGGUAUCCUACUAGCGCAGCCCUCAAAUGCAUCAUCACAAGUGCUUGCUGCUGCAGCCAAGGUUGUGUGGUCAUGGGAAAGACUUGUGGCUGGAGAGUUGCUCGCAAACACGCAUAGCGUGUUGGAUUGCAAUCCCAAAUUAAAUGGCUUGGAUGUAUCGAAGUGCUCGCAGAGUAAAGCUUCUGCUGUGUGUCAUAAUGGUGCCAGUAAUGUGAAGGCAUGUAAUCAAUAUAAGGUGAAGCCUGUUCAAAAGUAUGUAAAGAAGAAUAAUGCAAUAUCGAAUUCUGCAAAUAAUCAAGAUCAAGUAAUUUCGGUCGAUGGGUUUUCUGAUGAUUUUGCUGGAAGCACUGGUAGUGAUCAAGAUAAGAGUUCUGUUUCAUCGUCUACGUCAAGUUCUGAAUCAUUGGAGGUGGAUCUCCCAAGUCUGCUAGAAACUCCUUUGGCAGAGUCAUCAGCUCAAGAGCCUGGAGUGUCUACUAGUUCUCAACAAGUUGGACCAUUGAGCAAAUCCAUCAUUGCUGAGAAGCCUAGAACGUCAGCUGAAUUUGUACCAAGAAAGGGAACUCUUGAUUUCGGUCUCAGUAAUGAACAUAAUCACCAAAUGUUUAUGCAAUCACAACCAUCUGAAGCAAAGAAUAAGCUUCAUUCGGAGUAUGAUAUGGCUGAAAAGAAUGCAAAGAAGACAGAUAUUAAAUUUAGUCCUGCAAGGAAUCAAUUCCAGUCAAAGCCAAUUCAAAGGUACGUAAAGAAGACAAGCAUUACAUCUAGUCCUGCAAGCAAUCAGCUUGAUUCAGAUGGAAUGCCUGACUGUUCUAUGGGGAACACUCCAACUAAACUGAAUCAGUUACCUGUCUUAUCACCACCCAAUUGUGAGUUACUGGAGGGAAUAAAGGUGGAUCACUCGAGUUUGCUAGGUACUUUUAAUUUGUCCCAGCCAUCAUCUCAAGCACCAGUGGUGUCUACUCAUUUUCAAGUGAAAGCACCACAUGAACUGAUCUUUGGCAAGAAGACACUUUGCACAUCAACUGAGCAUGCGUCCAGAGAUGAAACUAGUAAUAUGGGUGAUAAUGUUGGCAAAGCAAAGACAAGAAAUCAGCAUAAGGUGACACAGCGUCAACACUACGUAAAGAAGACAAAUACUGUAUCUAGUUCUGCACAAAAUAAAAUAGAUUUGGUUAAAGGAUUACCUGUUAAUUCUAAAGGAAACACCUUGAGUGAUCCAAAUAAGUCUAUGUUAUCAGCAUCAAAUUCUGAAUCUCUUUUGGGGGCAAAGGUUAAUUGUUCAACUCCACUAAAAAAUUCUGCUCCCUCCCUGUCAGCAGUUCAUAAACCUUUCACACAUGAUUUGCAGCCUGUGGGAUCAGAAUUCAGCUUUGGUAAGAAUCCUAGCUUGUCAAUUGACUGCAUGCCAAAAGAUGGGACCUUCCAUUUUGGUGCCACUAAUGGUCAUAACAGUCCAGCAUGUCAGCAAGCCCAGUCUUUGCCAGAACAACAUGAAUCAGUUCCUCCUAGUUCAGUUGGCCAUUCUAAUUCAGCAAAUCCAGAUGUUGGCAGUUCAGAAGCCGCAUCAACUGGUUUUAAUGGUGUUCCUUCUGCUCAAAGACAAAUAUCACCAAGUAGCUCAACCUUUCAAAACCUACUUGAUAUUUGCUCUGAUUUCAGUAGAUUGACAAUUUCUCAGUGCCCUCCAGGAAGGUGUGAGAACGGACCCACUUUUCAGAGCAUGCAUGCUAAUCCUGCUUUUAGUAUGCAAAAUAUUUCUGGACAUCCUAGAGGUCCUCAUGAGAUUGGGUCCAUCUUUCAUCCUGGUUCUGGCGUCUCUAGUGCUCUUCAGACCGUCCAAUCUCCUUCCAAUAAUUGUACUUUGAAACCUCACUCACCUAACCUAUCCUGCAACAUUAAAAAUCCUUGCAGUCAUGGAGAGACGCAAGGCUAUCCACCAAGUUCUUCUGAGCCUGAAGUUACUAUAAGAAAUAUAUUACAUGCUUUGCACAUACUGAAGGCUGAGAAGGUAUUCCCAACGGAAUCAAAUAUUGCAGACUGUAUACGUUACAGUGAGAUGAAUAUGUCAGGUUUUGAUGUUAAGAAGGCUCUUGAGCUUAGCAUUCGACAUCAAGCUGUUGUCAUGAAAAAGUUAGUAAACGAUAUGCCUUUGUUUGUUGCCAAAGAUGAAAGCAUUUGGAAAUGUGUUAAUGUGACAAAUAGAAAAGCAAAGCAUCCAAAAGAGACUCUAGACACAGUUCAUAAGUACAUAUCAUCCACUGAUGGUUGGUCAGAAAUAAAGAAUUCUCAGUCAAGGUACCAAGCUGCAACUAUUUUAAAGAAAACAUGCUUGCAGCAACAUGCCCUUGGUGAUGUCCUCCAGAUUUUGCAUAUCAUAAUUGUUAGAAAGAAAUGGAUUUUGCCUCACUCUUCAGGUUGGCAGCCGUUGUCCAUAAACACAACAGUGGUCGAUGCAACUGCUGUUGCUGUUGGAGAAUCUAGAUCUUGAUUACUUUCCCUCUGCUGAUGUUGGAUGGAUGUUUUGAUGCGCUGGUGAAUAGCGACUACAAAAUAUCUUCAGCAUCUGCGUCUUAAGGUUAUCUGGAUGCCGUUUAAUCGUCCAUCUAUGCUAUGGUAAGCAGUUGGACGGCACCAGAAGCUGCUAAGACUAGUCCCUUACUGGAAGAUUAUGCCCCAAAUCUAAGGACUGCGAAGAUGCUGGUUUUCCAAUACAGCUAUCAAAUUGGGUUCUAUGCCGUAUCAACAAGAUACACAAUACACGAGGUUAUCUUUCUUGCUAGUUGUGUAGAAUUUCCUUCUAGUACUUGUAUAGCGUAUAGCAGGGCUGGGACUCUGAAGUCAAGUGGAAAAGGCCUUCUUUUCUGUUAGGUGGUUGGCUGUUUGCAGAACUCCAUGCUGCUAUGAUAUUCAGUGGAGUGGCAGUGCUUGGAACAGCAAGAUUCCAUUGAUUCUAUUCCCAGGAACUGGUGUUCUCUUAGCAUGAGGCAAGCUUCUGAGACGCUCGAUUGUUCUUGCUCAGAGCUGGCCGAGAUGAGAUUCGUUUGCCUCUGCAAGACUGCAACUGCAAGAAGUCAGGUCGGCAGCUUGGAACCGGAUGGGUAUAUUUCAGUUUCCUCUCCUACUUUUGCUAUGCUGAAAGGCUGUCGCUGGUGCUAGGUGUUGGCGGUGAAACUGUUCAAAUGUUACUUUUUUUUUGUCGUGAGUUUCUCUUAUAUAAAUAAUGUAUAUAUAAUGUCAGUAUCUUGGUGGUUUUUGUUUUAAUGCUUUUGGGGUCUGAUCGAUGCA